GUACGCCGCAAGAUAGGAUCAGACAAUGUCACCAUAUCUACUAGAGUAAGUUAAGAAAGCAGGCUACAAAUCCUCAGUAGUUUGGGUUGGGUCACAUCGGAGGUAGUGAUAGGCCAACUCGCAGUAGCAUUGAGGAGCUGCUUAUACAUCUUCUCCUCAUGGCGGAGACACCCGCCCCUCGGGUACUACCACGAUGCAGAUAGGAUUCGGAACUGGACAGCCAACAUCGUUCAAGCGUAGUUACGGUCGCGGCAUGACGUUAUAACCCGUGCCAUCCCAUGAGCGGGCAUCCGUCUCCCUUUCUUCACACCAUCCCUUACAUUCAUAAUUAUUCCAAUACCCCGCCUCAAAAUGUAUAGCCUAACUCGUCUUGCUAUAAUAUCAACUCUGUUGCUUGGCUCAGCAACAGCGCUGCUUAAGCCUAAUAUAACGGCGGUUGCCGCCGUGGACGGCCAUUCCACUAUCCAGUGCUGGCAGCUUGAUAAUGCAUUUACUUCCAAAAAUGUUCUAAACAGGAGUAGUAUCUACUCAGCGGAUCUGGGUGGUGCUGCUAAUUUAUCUUACACUUUCAUCCCACCCAAUUACGACCAAGGUGUCCACAGUGCACCAUACAACCAAUGGGUUAUUUUCAUCAAAGGGAUAGGUUUGAUAACUGUUCCCAACGAUAAUACUACCGCCUAUGUCGCUCCGGGCGAGACGGGUAUCGUAUUCGCUUCCGAUACUUCUGAUAUUACUGUUGAUGGCCACCGGUCUCAGUACCUCGGUGUGACGGAAUCAAUCAUCAUGCAAAUCCCGGCUCUAGACAACAAAGUCCCGGCCCACACCGUAUUACAUCCGGGUGGUUGUGAUACGUCCGAGAUGUCCGGUCUAUGGGAAUUGGCCUUGGGUAUCUCCAUCUCGUCCCAGACUUGACUUUAACAUCCCUUGAAGUUGACUUCAAGUAGCAGGGAAUUCACGCAGCCAGCACCAGGAAGGCGGAAUUUUUCGGGUAGAUUUUAACCCCUUUUCAUUUAUUUAUGGGCUAUGGACAUGAAGGUGCAUUUUAAGGCGUAUCGGGGAUAUAAUAUGUUGUAAUUUUUUCGAAGGGUUGGCUUGAUGAUAGCUUCGGAAAGCUGUGACGAUUCAAGCUUUACGACCCGAUUAGACUUGCGAAAACUAUCGUGAACGGCAGUUUGAGAAUAUGCAAGGGAAGCAGGAAUAAUAUACGUACUCUUAAG